AUGGAGGACACAAUAGAUGCCGUAUGGGGCAAGCUGAUGGGAACUAGCGGGGUCCCAAUAUUUAGCUGUCUCAGGUCUAUUGUCUAUCGGUGGGUCUUUGCUCCUGACACCAUGCACCCCCUAGACGAGAAUACACCAAGGCUGUAUCUAGCACACUGGAUGGGGGUUUACCGUGAUAAGGAGAUUGCAGCUCUCUCACAAAUGCAAUCCAAAACGCUACCAGGGGAUAACCGUGCUGAUGUCGGCCAGUCCCAGGCACAGUCCCAAACGCAGGCUGAUUCUCAAGCAGAGUCCCAGUUUGAAUCACAAGUCGAGUCACAGUUUGAGACCCAGGUUGAAUCACAGAAAGCAUCUGAGGGUUGGCCUGGGCCUCACUCUCAGGUAGUAUCUGGGCUUGGAGAAUGUUCUCGGACCGGGGCCCGUAUUAACAGACAGAGCAAGAGGCGUAGAGGAAGGCAAGGUAUUAACUUCAAUACUAAUGUUGACCAUAACCGUGACCGUGAAGUAGAGAGAGACUCUUACGCGUUAUCCAAGAAAAUAUGGGACAAAAUUGGAGCAGAGAUUGCUGACUCGAGGUGCACAAUACCUAGUGCCUUUGGCAAGGCAUUUAGAGAUAUCAAAUAUCAUGCAAGCUAUAAAGCGACAGAGCUUAUGAAUUUCAUGCAUCUGAUAUCGCCAGUCAUGCUGAAUCAGCGAUUGCCUGCUCAGUACUAUGACCAUUAG